CAAUUGCAUUUAGAUACGCAUAGUCCUUUUGCCAUGGAAGCUGAAGAAACGAUGGAAUGUAUCCAGGAAUUCCCUGAACACUAUAAAGUUAUUUUGGAUAGACUGAAUGAACAACGUGAGCAGGACCAGUUUACGGAUAUCACUCUGAUUGUCGAUGGUCACCAUUUCAAAGCUCAUAAGGCUGUUCUUGCUGCCUGUAGCCAGUUCUUCUACAAAUUCUUCCAAGAUUUCACUCAGGAGCCCUUGGUGGAGAUUGAAGGUGUAAGUAACAUGGCAUUUCGUCACCUAAUUGAAUUCACCUAUACAGCAAAACUAAUGGUCCAAGGUGAGGAAGAAGCAAAUGAUGUUUGGAAAGCAGCUGAGUAUCUACAGAUGUUAGAAGCGAUCAAAGCACUUGAAAUCAGGAACAAAGAAAAUUCAUCACCCUUAGAAUCAAAUCAAGCACAAGGUAAAAAUAAACCAAAAAAGAGGAAGAUAGCUGAAACCUCUAAUGUUAUCACAGAAACACUGCCAUCUGCAGAAUCAGAGCCUGUUGAAAUUGAGGUUGAGAUUGCUGAAGGGACGAUUGAAGUGGAAGAUGACAGCAUCGAAACACUUGAAGAAGUAGCUUCUGCAGAGCAAUCUAUAAAGUACAUACAGACAACGGGUACAUCAGAUGAAUCUGCUUUGGCUCUUUUGGCAGAUAUCACCAGCAAGUAUCGUCAGGGAGAGAGAAAAUGCCAGAUCCAAGAAGAAGGUGAUAGUGCAACUGAUCCCUCGUGCAAACAGGUAGAAGGUAUUGAAAUUGUGGAACUUCAGCUGUCACACGUGAACAAUUUAUUCCACUGUGAGAAAUGUAACCGUUCGUUUAAAUUGUUUUACCAUUUUAAGGAACACAUGAAAACACACUCUACUGAGAGUUACAAGUGUGACAUAUGCAAUAAAAGGUACCUACGAGAGAGUGCUUUGAAACAGCACCUCACCUGUUACCACCUUGAUGAAGGUGGUGCCAGCAAGAAGCAAAGACCUGGCAAAAAAAUACAUAUAUGCCAGUACUGUGAUAAGCAGUUUGACCACUUUGGACAUUUUAAAGAGCACCUCCGGAAGCACACGGGUGAAAAACCAUUUGAAUGUCCAAACUGCCAUGAACGUUUUGCUAGGAAUAGCACGCUCAAAUGUCACCUGACAGCCUGUCAGUCUGGAGCUGGAGCUAAAAAGGGAAGAAAGAAGCUGUACGAAUGUCAGGUUUGUAACAGCGUAUUUAACAGCUGGGAUCAAUUCAAAGAUCACUUGGUAAUACACACUGGUGACAAGCCCAACCACUGUACCUUAUGUGAUUUGUGGUUUAUGCAAGGCAGUGAGCUGAGAAGGCAUCUCAAAGACAUGCACAAUAUUUCAGAACGAAUAGUGACAGAAGAGGUUCUUCCAGUGGAAGCUGUGGAAGCUGAACCAGUAACAUCAAUGACUAUAAUAGAACAGGUAGAGCAAGUCCAUGUCCUACCGGUAAUUCAGGUACAAGUGGAUCCUGCACAGGUAACUGUGGAACAGAUGCACCAGGAUCUCAUACAGGACAAUCAAGUGAAAGGCACACAGAUAGAUGAACUGCAAGAACAGGUACAAAUUAGUUACUUGGAAGUUGAACACAUUCAGACUGAACAAGGUGCUGAAGUUCAUGUGGAGCAGUUACAUGUUGAGCAUGUAAAUCAAAUACAGAUGGAAGAAGUACAGGCAGAACUUAUAGAUGGAACAGACCUUGAACAAGUUGAAUAUGAAAGUGUUGAUCAAGGAGAAGCAGAAGAAAAGGAACCUAAUCAAGCAGAUGAUGCAGAUAAGGAAGAUCAUGAACAAGCUGAAAACUUAAAAACUCAACAAUUAGUGGACACUCAGAAAGAAAAGGUGGAUGACUAGGACAAAUAACCACACUGUGGAGGUUUAGGAAUGAAAUACCAAAUUAUUUUUGUUAACUUUUACGUUGGUUUUUGAACCGUCAGUGAUCAUCUUUCCAAUAUGCUGUCCUUAGGAAGCUGGACAAGUGGACCAAAAUUAGCUUUCUUCAUGUACAACUAAACUUCUCUCAUAUGUGAAAAAUAACUUUCCCAUUUAUGUAAUACCAUGGAACAGAAACUACCACAGACAUGGACAGCUUUGUGAGGAUUUUAAUAAUGAAUAGCUUGUAUCACUGUUACACCAUCCUUGGGUAUAUGUAGGAGUAACUUCACCUCUUUUCCUCUUGCAAUAGAAGCAAUCUCUUGUUAUAGAUUUGCAGGGUGUCUGCGGCAGAAGAAUCAGUAAAAUCCGGUGUGUUCUAUUGUAAGUGGCAAUUGGGUACCUGUGAAUUUUUGGAUCAGACUGUUUGCUGUAUCCUAACAGUGGUCCCUAACUUUCAGGCUGCGGAAAAAAACAUUGUUGCUGGGGAUCUCUGAGCACAAAAAUCCUGUGCCUUUUCAACACUGACUGGUUAAAUUUCCACAAAGUUCCUAGAGUGUUCAAGAACCUAGUUCAGUAAAAGGCGAUGUAGGUAACGUUAUAGUGCUUCAUAUUUUUGCUUAAAAUUGUCAGCUACUGAUUUUUUUUUUUUGCAUUAAAUUUAGAGGCAGGGGGCUGAGGGAGGAAACAGAUUCCACGUGGAGACAGCAGGACAUUCUAAAAGGGACACUUUAAAGUAGAAGCACGGUAAAAUCUGUGGUAAACAUGAGCUGGAAGAAAGCUACCAGCAGACUCUUCUUUUAUAAAUCGUCAUUUUUGAAAAUGAAUAUGUUUAAACAUAAAUAUAGAGGAGACUUGUCUAUAUGGUAUCAGGUUCCUGUUUUUUUUGAAACGAAAUUCUGACACUUGACACAAAGAUGUGCUAAACAUAAAAGUAAAAGCCAUAGGUAUGAGUGCUAAACUGUGGAUUGAAAAGUAGGAGUGUAAAUAAUUUAAUCAAUAUUAGACAAUAAAACAAUACCAACCACGAAAUGUUGCAUUAUUUCUUUCAUCCAAUAAAUU